UGAGUCUUGCCAGCAUUUUCUGUCGGUGUUUGAGGGAUUGUUCAGUGUCACACCGGAUUGUUGUAGCACACCACAGUGCCUGGGUUGGCACCGUGAUCCCAGCUGCUCUUUCUCCGACCCUGCCUUCCCGAUGGGUUUUGGAAAGAGGAAUGUUAAAGCGUUUACGUCCCGACUGCCGUGAUAACAUUCCUGCAAACAAAAAAAAACCGGGGAAGCGGCGUUCACUUUUGGGAUUGUAGAUUGGGAAUUAACGGCGAAACUGUAUGAAUUGUGGCUACAGCAAAGCUGCGUGGGCACCGGUCCCUGCAUUAAAGGCGCUAUAUAAAUGCAAAUUGAUGUAGUUGUAUUGAAACUUGGAAUGCUCUGUCGUGGAGUUAAAAAAUUUAAAGUACUUUCGUUAAGGGACAACAGCCAUUUUGUUGCAAACAGAAUCUUGUAAAGUUUUCCACGCAUUUCCUGGAUUUGUUGUAGUCAUCAAUCACUCGCUGUUGAGUCUGAUUGCCAUGGGAUUUCCUCAGUCGACAAUGGUCAUGGGUUGAGUCUGCUCCCACAGCCGCGUCUCCAUUUGGCAGAUGUUAGCAAGAGAUGAAAUAAGAUAUAAGAUGAAAUUCUUUCAUGAUAAACCAUGGAAAACAAAUGGUGUACAGCACCAUAAAUAAAUGUCUCUUCAAUAUGAAAAUGCUCACACUGCUUUCAGUGUUUAAUUUGCUUAUACUGUAUGGAACAGAGAGCUCAGCCAUAACCACAAUCAUUAUUAAUGCAACUGUGGGUGACCAGAUUCUGUUUCCUGUGCCUAUCCAUUGUGGAUCGCAAUAUGAAGUAGCAUUUCUAUCAAAAUCACCAAUUAAUGCUAAACUUGCUUCAUGGGGUUUUGAUACAGCUCACAAACAUGCAUUGUAUGAAAAAAGACUGCAAUUACACCAAAAUGGCUCUCUGGCACUGCAGAAAGUACAGAUUAAUGACACAGGACUGUAUGAAAUACAUAUUGAUUGCUAUGGUACAGCAGUGAUGGAAACAACUAUAACAAAGUUUGAUUUGCAAGUGUUUGAGCCAGUUUCCAAGCCUUUAAUAACAAUAAAUUGUUCAACUAAAAAUGCCAGCCUGAGCUGCUCUGUCUCCAAGGGAACAAAUGUCACAUUAUACUGGGAAAUACAACCAAUGUCUGGACCCAGCAAGAGAAUCGAUGAUGAAGUUGAACUGGUGAUAAGUCAUGGUCAUGAGCAGGCCAAAUACACGUGUGUAGUACAGAAUCCAAUCAGCAAUGCAACCAGUGACCUACAGACAUUAGAGAAGUGUAAUGACCAAAGUUCUACAGGUUUGGUAUGUUUCAUCUCUAUAACUACUGCAACUGUAUUGCUUUUUGGUUUGGUUAUAAUUAUAUUUAUAGCAAAACUAACAACCCAUGAUAAAGGAAACAACACAGCAAUUGAAAAAUGGAAUGAAGAAACAUGCUACCUGAGUGAUGGAGCUAUUGAAGCCACAUAUAUUACUAGGAUUCGUUCAAGCUAAAUGCUGUUCAUUAUCUGCUCAGUGCUACUGAAUAUAGUAAUUAAAAAGGAAGAAAUUGAAUUUAACUGAGCUACAGAAUAAGGGUCAUUGUUAUGGGGAUUUUCUACAUUGUCAGAGAAUGUAAUAGAAUGAUAGUAUUUUUAUUUGUCACACACACUGACAAAAUUGCAGCUCCUACAAUAACCUGACCUACUAUCUAUACAUAUAUAACAUCAAAUACUUCUGCUUAUUGGGCCCUGGCAAUUUAUUCUACUGUUCGCUGUCGAUAACACUGAUGCAAAUUGCAACACAUUGUUCCUCCAGCAGUGAACAGCUUGUUCAUUUUGGUGAUUGAUGCUGCAUUUGUAAGAUGAGACCCUUGUUUGGCUUUGCUACAUUGCAUCCCGGGAUAUUAAAGAUGGAAAUCCUUUCAGCUCCGUUGAGAUACUUAACUUUUCAGAGACAUAUAUUUUGACUGCGAAUCUUGUUUUACGGUAAAUUUAAAAUAAACUAGCUUUGUAUUAGUGAUAAUAUCUAUGAAUAAAUGAUUCACAAUGUCAAAAAUCCCAGUCACCGGGUUAUAAUCCAACACUUAGAUUAUAACCUGGUGGCGUGUGAUUUUUGAUCUUGUUCAAUCCAGUCCAACACAGGCACCUUCACAUCCUGAUUCACAAUGCCGUUGGAGGACAAAUUGUAAAUCUGUGAGAUAAUAUUGACUGUUGAAAGCAGGAACAAUGAUGUAUUGUAGAUUUACAACAUGCAUGUAAUACCAUUUAGUAAUAAAACAAGUCAUACCUUAGUUUGUUGGCGUGAUCAGCCAGUGUGACCAGCUGGUUAUUGCUCCACUCUUGUUGUUCUCUAGUUCCAGCAGGAGGAUGUG